AGACAAGGGGCAAGAUGCCGAUUGCAAAUUUCAACGAUGCGCCUCCGUUUAAUGAGAAGCCGCGACCAACCGAGACCGUCACCAAGCCAUCGGUGUUAGAGCAGCGCAAACGUGUCAAUAGAGAGGCUACACCACAACUAGCUGCAAACUAUCCGAAUAUCAUUCGCACAACAGGAACGAAAUCUUUGCAGGCGCUUAGUGAAUACCUGGACGGGAUUGAGAAAGAAAAUUCGAGCAACAAGAAGACUCAGCCAAAGACAACAAAUCAUAAGAAGAGGGCGGCAUCACUUGCAUCAAACUCACCACUUGCAAAGCGUCGUUCCCAGGGCCCUGGUCUACCUGUUCGGGAACCGAAACACGGCCUCAGUGCCCUCAUCAGUCAAGUCAACCCUUUGGAAGAAGACACUACGUCCGCUCCAAUCACACAUACUCACCUGGCCCUCUUGGCGAAGGAUACGCAAGAAAAUCCAGUCCCGAAGCCGAAGCGACCAGAGCGUAGAUUCAUUGACCCCGGAUUGUUCACUUCACCAAAAAGAGGGAUUUCGAGGAGACAUUCUCUAACCAAAGUUGACUGGCACGGUAGCCCCAUACAGACUGGCCCACAAGCGCCUCAGGAAUCUCAAAUCUUGCAGAGGUAUGAGGAACAGGCCGCAGCAGACAACGGGCAAUUCGGUGAUCGGAUUGAGACUGGUGACGACGCAAGCGAUUCAUCUCCACCUCCCUUCCAACAUCUCAAGUACGCAGGUUCCGGCACUUUGAUUACCCCCAAAAUCAUGUCAAGCAACAGGAAAAGGCUUCCCGGGUCUCCUUUGGCAGAAUCCACUGCCAUAUCAGGCCAUAUGCCACAGCAAUUGCUCAACAAAGCAAGUAUGCUUGCUCCAACAGAUGAAUCCAGUAACCCUUUCACCCAACAAGCGCAUAAAGCUGGAGAGAUUACACCGGAUACAGACUUCAUGAAGUCGAUCUGCAGGCCGGCCGGAGUUCGUCGGGUAAAAUUCGUUGAGCCAAUACCUAAAGAAGACAGGAUCAGCCCUCCGGUCAGAGGGAUUCUUUGGCCCAAAACUUUAAAGGCUCUACCGGCAGAGCCAGACGAAGGCCCUGACAAGACCCUGGUCGGUGAAGAAGACGAAGACCUCGAAAAAACUCUGGUUGAUGAAGAAAACGAAGCCAGCCCGUGCACCUUGAUGAUAUCAGAUGACUCCUCUCCCGAGCUAACAUCAGACCCCACCACCGCCUCCAGCGAGCAGGAAGAUGACCCCCUCGCUGCCGAAAUGGAAUGGGAGGCAUCCCUCCCGCCGCACCAACAAGACAUGGUGACGAUCUUAACGCGUCUCUCCCGCCACCUUGUACGGAACCUCAUCGACAAAGAAACAGCAAUCCACGACAUCGUGGCCGAGUACGAGAGGGUUGCGACGGCGAUAGUUGAUAAUAUGGAACAGAAGCAUAAGAGAGAAUAUACGGAGAAGAGGGCUCUGGUGCAUGAGGCGAGCGCGAAGGUGGGGCGGAGGUUUGGGGAGAUUGAGCAAAGGAUGGGACGGGAAUUGAAGGAGGCGGAGAGGGCUUGUAGAGGCGUGGAGAGGGGGUGGGAAGAAAGGUUGAAGGAGGGGGAAGAGCUGGUGAAGGGGCUGAGGGGGAUGUGGGAGAGGUUCGAGGAGUAGGUUUAGUUGUGGAUGUGAAAGGUUGGUUGGUUUUCCCCGUCUCUCUUUAUUUCUCUACCUCUCUGUUUUGUGGGCGAUAUGGGAAGGUACAGUUGCUGUUAGUUAGCUUGUUGCCCUGAAAAGCCAGUUAGACAGUAUGUUCUGCAGCGACAAUCAGGUAAACAC